UCAAUUCAAUGAUUUGCAAAGUUUGAAAUGCCACCCCGUAUCAGUCCCCUUAAGGAUGCAAUUCAGCACGUUGUUUCAAAGACAGACAAAACAUGCAGACUAGAGGUGAAAUACAUCAAUGCAGUGAAAGGACGUGGUGUAUUUGCAAAGGGUUCAAUUUGCAAAGGAGAUUUUGUUGUUGAAUAUAGAGGAGAUAUGAUAAAUGAUGCAGAAUCCCAGAGAAGAAGAAAACUUUACCACCCGUCAUGUGCUGCAUUUAUGUUUGCGUUUAAGUGGAGAGGGAAAACAUGGUGUAUUGAUGCCGCUAGAGAAGAUGGAUCAUUUGGACGGCUAGUUAAUGACGAACACCAACAUCCAAACUGUAGGAUGAAAAAAAUUGACGUGAAUGGAAAACCCCACCUUUGUUUGUUUGCCUUGAAUGACAUCAAAGAAGGAGAAGAAGUAACUUAUGACUAUGGAGGUGAAGAUUGCCCGUGGAGAACAAAGGUGGGUGAAGAAACAGCUAAUGAUGCAAAUGUAGAGAACUCCAACCAUCCCUUCCAUUUAAAGACUGGGGAUGAACAUAAUGUGAAAACUCAGCAGAUAAGCAGCAUACAAGCUGAUACUAUGGCGGCAUGCAACUUCGGACGGACCCUCCUCUCAAAGUCUCAGAUGGAUGAUGCUACUGGUCCAACCAACACUACUCAACAGAUAAGCAGCGUUACAGAUAAUGCUAUGGUAGCGCACGACUCCCGUCCUUCCCUCCUGUCAAAGACUCAGAUGGAUGAUGCUACUGGUCCAACUAACACUACUCAACAGGUACAUUCAUGA